AUGCAUUUAAAAUUUGCUUUGUUAUUUGUCCUUUUUUUCGUUGGCAUUUAUUGCUUUCGUCAUGUUGGUAAAGUUAAAGCGCCAACCCGAGGAGUUUUGGUUCCAAAAGUUAAGGCAAGCAAGUUUGAUAAAAACAAUGAAAAUGAUAAAAUGAAUAAUGAUGAACUGACCAAGAAGGUUAAAAUAAUUGAGGAAAAAUUUGUUGAAGUUAGCAAUAAGCUAAAUGAAAAGCAAAAAACAAACAUUAAAACAAUGUUGGACAUUGUCAAACGCUUGAUUGAUGGAAAUGUUGAAAAUAUGAGUGAACAGCUCUCGGUCGUUCAAAAUGCGGCUGCAGCACUUUAUGAGACAUUUAUGCCAAAUAAAUUAAAUUAUGAAGCUACGACAAUUAACGAAGAAAAAUUGAACAACCAAACAUUUUUGAACCAGAUUCUUUACAAUCUUUUGAAGGGUGUUGAAGAAGGUAGUGAAGUUGAUAAUGAGACAAUGGCAACUGCAAUCGCUAUUUGGGAGUAUUUCAUUUUUAAAUUUGAAAUUCCAUCAAAUACCGAAUGUAACAGUGACAUGAAUACUAGCGGAAAGAAAAAACGUAAGUAA